UGCUCGCAUUGUGCGUUGUGUUGUGGAUGAUUUCGUGAUUCGAGUACUCACAUGUCCUGGUAUUUACUUUGGAUUUCUGAUUAAGUUAUAAAUUGAUACCUUUAACGAUGUAUUUGGGUGAUGAUGAUGAUGAUGAAUGCGAUAUUCAGAACAUGGAAAGUUGUUGCUAUGACAACAUGUCUUCAAGCCAAGCUGAGCAGUCCUUUAAGGGUCACUGCUACAAGAUGCUGAUCCUCGACAAUGAGCGAGAAAUUCAAAAGUUGUUAUGGCGUGGCUUUAAUGCAAACAUGAAGUUUGAGAUAGACCAAGUAUUUGAGGUCUUACUGGAAGACCUUGACAGUAUCCAUGCUGACGAUCCCGACAUUUAUGAUUCCCUUUCAGCUUUACAAGUUGCAAUAAAAAAUGGAAGUGAGAGAUGUGUUGACUUACUCCUAGGUAACGGUGCGGAAAUCAACGCGGAGGUCAUCAGCAUGGCACUUAGCAAAGACGGCCAUUCCUGUCGGGUCGUGAAAUUGUUAGCGGAGUACAGCGUUACGAAGCUAAAGACUGAAAUGAUAACUGUCAUAAACUGUGGCUGCGUAACAUGUCUUAAAUUAUUCUUACAGCAAGGUACUUUUAUUAAUCGAGAGAGCGAGGUCAACUCUCUUCCGUUACACGCUGUUGUGGAACUUCCAUCACUAACAUAUCCCGCUGUAGCAGAAAUGUUGAAAACAUUUUGCGAAUACGGAGCGGAUGUCAACAAAGAAAAUGAAGCCGGCGAGACAGCAUUGUUCCCCGCAGCGAUCAUAUCUGAUACAGAUUGUGUGAAAUUGUUACUUAAGUUUGGGUCUUCCGCGGAUAAAGUCAACAGAAGUAAUCAAACUGCACUACACCAAUUGUUUGCCAACCGUCACUGUCUUAUGGAUUGUAUCGAGGAACUAAUAUUAAAUAUGACGAAUGUGAAUAUUGUUGAUGACUAUGGAUUUACACCACUCGGUCAUGCUAUUGGGUAUUUGUACAAUUUCUGGGAACAAGAACACUAUACAUAUCCUAUGCUUUGUAGAAUAAAUCUAGUUGCAAUGUUCCAAUUUCUGAUUAACCAUGGUUUACAGGCAGAUAUCAAUCAGAUUUCUUAUGAUAUAAGAUCGUUUUGUUACAGACAUACACGUAGGCAGUACGUUAAGGAAAUUAUUUGCCUUAUUAUUAAUUCUUUUCGUAAUUGGCAAUGCCCCAUUGAAAUGGAGUAUAUUUGUAAAGAGAGUCUUGAGAAAGAUUAUCAGUUUUACGCUGACAUAAUCAGUCUUGGUUUAAGUCCCCGUUCUUUACAACAUCAAUGUCGUUGCUCUCUUCGAAAUCAUUUGGUUGUCAGGUACGCCAGUGUUGUAUCUGAUUUACAAAUCACUUCUCAAAUCAAGAACUACUUACUACUUGAGGAUUUAUGUGAUUUCAGUUAA